CUUCGGCUGCGUCAGUUUCUUUAAGAACUUGAAACAUUCAUUUGACUGGGAAAAGUUUUCUGCUGCAAUUGCUUCAUGGGAAGACUAUACAUGUAGAUUGCACAAAGACUUACUAAUGAGCUUACCAUACUGGAGAACACAGCAAAUUAUAUACAGUGUUCAAUUUGAAGACACUUGAUGAGGAAUUGUUAGUUGACAUGGGAAUCAAAGAAGGGUUUCAUCUUCUGGAAAGUGAUGUAAUGAAUCAGCAUAAAAAGAAGAUAAAUUCAUUGGACAUCUUUAAUUAAAUACAACUUAUUUGAAAUAUUAAAAUCAUUUUUUUAAAAAAUACAAGCAUAGAAUCCUGUAAUAUGUAGAUUCGCCUAUUUUUUGUGAACUAAUUACAGAUUCUCAUUUUUUAUUUUUGAAAUCUACCCUGCAUAUUUACUCGUAAAUGGAGAUGCUGAACAUCCUCCUCCUAGCUGUAGUAAAUUCUCAUCUCUCUACAUAGCAGAGUGAUCCUCUUUGGAGAGGCUGAAUUGAUG